CAGGAAGAGUACCUGCUGCCGGGGAUCCAUAAUAAAUACAAAUGGUUUGGUUGUUAAUAAGACGCACGUGGCAUUCCGGCAAUUUACAACAAAAAAAUACUAUAUUGGUGUUGUGCCAGUUGUUGACGAGCAAAACUGCCCUCUCAUUUGCUAGAAUGGUCCCGCCUGUCUUCUAUCUUUGAGGACAUGUAUUUCCAUCGUUAGAGCGGUCAUUCGAUAUUCUUUCACCAAGUUGACGAUUCACCGAGCGCUCCUCCACCGCCCACUUGUGAUUGGCUACAGUCUAUUCAGCCUCUUUCCUCACAAGUCCACCAUGCCGAUUGAAUUGGCCAUGCCGCUCUACCUGUCAAACGAUGACUUCUGCUACACGAGGUCCCCGAAAUCACUACAACCACUACGACCCUGUCUGAAGCCCUGCAUGCGGUUCAAACCCUCUGCCCCUCCUAUGCAGACUGAACCAGAUUUGCUUCAUGAGAAGAAUGGAAAGCCUAAAAGGCGAGUGUCCUUCGCCGACCACAAGGGCCUGGCCCUCACCAAGGUGAAGUUCUUUUCUCAUUUUGACACUAUUAACAUCCCACUCAACAUCACAGAGCUGUUCAGCUCUUCACUCAAGUUACCAAAUGAGGAGGACAAACUGAUAAUGGGCUUCACCCAGCCCUCCUCUGAUUACCUGCUGUUCCGUCAGCGUCUGGAGACUGAGCUUGUCUGCCUAGAGCACUGCAUGCUGAAUGAGAAGGCACUGUCUGGAACCGUGAAAGUCAAAAACCUGUCCUUUGAGAAGUCUGUCAAGGUGCGUGUAACCUUUGACACUUGGAAAAGCUACACAGACUUUGAGUGCCAGUACUUGAAGGACACCUACACAGGCUCGAACUAUGACACCUUCGCCUUCGUGGUUUCCCUUCCAGCUGAGCUGAGGCCACACAAGCACAUAGAGUUUGCCAUCUGCUACAAAGUCAAUGGCCAGACAUACUGGGACGGUAACCAGGGCCGAAACUACAGGAUCAUCUGGUCUGCUCUGAAGAUGGAUGGCCAGGGCAGCUUCAGCAAUAACCAGCAGAGACACUCGUUUGAUCUUGGAAUUCAAUUUGACUUCUAUGGAAGUCCUAGAUGCUCCCAUGGGAUGUUCCCAGAGUGGCCAAGUUAUGCAGGAUAUGAGGAUAUUAGACGGUACUACUGAAAAGCCGUCAUCCUUAGAGUAAAGUGUUUUUUUGUUCAGAGAAAGGGCUGUUCCCGAAAAUUAGUUUUUUAGUUUUUUUUUAAUUUUUUUUUUUCAGGCCAGGCCAGUCUCGCCAUGCUCGGGGGAACAAAAGCAAUAAGAAAAGGAAAUAUGUUUUGGGAUGGGGGUUGUAUACUCUGUGGAUUAUCAGAACUAGAAUAUUCAGAUGUGACAUUUACUGAUUGCAUAGCAGGUUUAAUUAACAGGUAUAUCUCAGUGUAGAUGUUGACUGAACAAAGAGAAGAACAUAAUUAAUAUCUAGCUUUUGUACUUGAUCUACAGUGGGUUCUGGAAUUAUUGGAUCCCUUGAUAAAGAUUAGUAAAAAAACGAAAAAUUCAAACUGGUCUCUAUUCUAUGCUCAAAAAAUGUAUAAAUUAUAUUUGUACUAAUACAAUUGCUCAGACAAAGAUUUUGUUUAACAAGUAAUAAAAUAAAAUCUCAAAGAUGAGGUCAAAACUUAGGGAUCCCAUGUUUUCAAUAUGCCAUCACCCUUCCUUUGCGAGGAUAACGACAAUUGAGCCUUUUUCAAAAAUGUUUUAGCCCCAUAACAUCAAAGAUGCACCACUAUAUUUUACAGUAGGGAUUAGGUAUUUUCUGCAUAUGCGUUGUUCUUUUGAAGGCUAAACACCAUUGGUGUGCGUGGUCAAAGAGCUCUAUUUUCAUGUCGUAUGACCAUAGCACCGCCUGAAGUUUGCUAAACGGCAAUGGCACUUGGAUAGGAACCAGUGCUAUUUUCAUUAGACAUGAAAAUAGUAGUCUUUGGCCCGCACACCAAUGGUGGGUUUAACCUUCCAAAGAACAAUGCGCAUGCAGAAAAUACCUCAGCCCUACUCUGAAUUGUGUCGUUAUCCUUAAAAGGGAUGGACAAACACAGGGAUGCUGGACUAUUGAAAGCAGAGGAUCCAAUCAUUUUGUCCCUUAUCUUUUUGAGAUUGUUUAACAAGUAUUAUAUAUAUAUAUAUCUAUCUGAGCAAUUGUAUUAGUGUAAAAUAUACAUUUCAUGCAAUAUAGCUCAGUAUUUAUUUUAUACAGUGUAUUUUGCCCCUCUUUGUCAAGGGAUCUAGUAAUUCUGGACCCCACUGUAUGUGUUGGGAUAAGCCAUUACACUAACUGGUAAAAUGAUGGUCCUUCUGUAGCUCAGUUGGUAGAGCAUGGCGCUUGUAACGCCAGGGUAGUGGGUUCGAUCCCCGGGACCACCCAUACGUAGAAUGUAUGCACACAUGACUGUAAGUCGCUUUGGAUAAAAGCGUCUGCUAAAUGGCAUAUAUUAUUAUAUAUUAUGUACACUGUUAUGUGUUAUGCAGGUCGAAAUAAUUGGAAGAGCAAAAUGUUUACGAUGAAACUUUCAAUGAUUUUUAACAAAUAUAUUUGGAAUCAAAAUGUCUGUACUUUCACAUCACAUCUCUUGUACUGAGUUCUUUAAGUUGAUUUAUGUUAAGUGAUAUGACUUCAGAAUAGACCGGUAUUUUUAAGUCCCUUCAGGAUUUGCACCAUGUUUGUACUGAGCUCAUUCUGGUAUGUGGGUGUAUUGAGUUCAAAUCCUUCGAUUUUUUUAAAGGUGUGGGAAUGGCAGGAAUUUACUUGGGACUGGAACCUUAGAAAUACACAUUUCUGUCUGCUCCUGUUGAUGAUUUAAAAUGUUUUACCGUGUUCACUAUGCUGCUCUAUGUAAAUAUGAGUCAUUGGAUAUGUUUUUAAAGGAACAAGUAUGAAGGAUGGAUUUUUGUAUGUCAGAAUUAAAUAUGUUUUGCAAGAAUA